CGCCAACCUCUCAAAGAAGCCAAGCAAGACAAUGCAACGACGCUGUGUGCAGGCGUGCAGGCAAUACUGGCGCUCGCUGCUGGCCAGCGCAGCUCGGAGACCGACAAGAAGCACCCUGCAACAGCAGAAGCAGCAGCAACGACAAGGGAAGUCACUCGCACACAUGCGUCCGGCCCAACUCACCGCAUUGGUGCAGUGCAGACAGAGCAGCAGCAGCAGCAGCGACAGCAGUGACAGCAGCACGCCCUCGUCCCCAUCAUCAACAUCAUCAUCAUCAUCAUCAUCAUCAAAGUCGCUGCAUGCGUUUCCGGAGACAGGCCGGCACGUGUUGGACUUGCUGGAUGGCUUUCGGCGAUCGCAGACACUGUUCUCGGCGGUGUCACUGGGCGUGUUUGACUUUGUGGAGGCCGAGCAACCCGCUGCGGAGGACGUGGCCAACGGUCUUGGGUUGAGCCUGGACGGUGCGACGCGCUUGCUUGACGCAUGCUGUGGCCUCGGCCUCCUGCGCAAGCAAGGGCACCUGUUUGAGAACACGGACGUGGCACGUGCUCACCUGCUAUCCUCCAGCCCACACUCCUUUGUCGGGUAUGUUCGCCACUCCAAGGACGUGCUGUAUCCGCUGUGGGGCCAGAUCAACACCGCGGUGGAGCAAGGCCGCAACGUUUGGCAGGAGGCGUUUGGCGCAAGCCCACAGGAGGUCUUUGCCAACAUGUACGCCGACUCCAAAUCCCUUGAGCGCUUCCUUGCAGGUAUGCAUAGCAUGGGAUCGCUCUCGUCACCCAAGGUUGUCGACGCGUUUGACCUUUCGCGCUGCCGCGUUGCGCUGGACGUCGCAGGCGGCACGGGCCAUCUUGCCAUGGCUCUCUGCCACCGCUACCCACAUGCCGUUGCCUGCGUGGCAGACCUGCCAGAUGUGCUACCUGUCACCACCCGCUACAUUGCAGACGCCAACCUCUCUGCACGGAUCACCACCACUGAAGUGGACAUGUUCGAAACCAUCCCGAGCACUGUUUCGUCGCCAACCCACCCGGCUACCGCUGGUUCCAUCGAAGAGAGCACAACGCUCGGUGGCGCUCAUGAUGGUAAUGCAAAGCAGCAGCAGCAGGAGGAGGAGGAGGAGGAGGAGGAGGAGGAGGAGGAGGAGGAGGAGGAGCAGCAGCAGCAGCAGGGAGAAGGGAAGCAGGUGGACCUGAUCAUGCUCUCCCGCAUCCUGCAUGACUGGGACGAUGGGCGAUGCAUGCGGAUCCUUCGCAACUGCCACACCGCCCUUCCGUCCAAAGGCAAAGUGCUCUUGGCGGAAAUGCUGCUACGCGACGACACGCACCGUGGACCUGUGGCAGCCCAGCUGCAAUCUCUCAACAUGCUCGUCCAGACACACGGGCGCGAACGGUCCUGUCGAGAAUACACCACACUGCUGCAUGAUGCGGGAUUCACCGAUGUGCAGUGCAAGCGCACAGGCGUCUACUUGGACGCCAUCAUCGCCACCAAACCGUGAGGUCGCUGUGUUUGUUGGUUGGUUUGUUUGUUUGGGGGCGGGGGGGGGAUCCAAGACCACCAAACUCCCUCUGUCUUAUCUCUCGCCACGCUUUGACGCUGCUGUUGUUAACUGAAUGCUGCGAGUCUGUUAUUCGAGAGGGGAGCGUGGGUUACGUGCAACAGGAGAAAUAAAACAGAAGCAUCACUUGAA